AUGCGAUGCUCCACGAGGCGCUUCCUCACAGCUGCCUUUGCAGCCUCCUUCCUCUUCUUCCUCUUCCUCCUCCUGAGCAGCCGCUGGGAGCAGAGCCUGGAGGAUCCCCUGGAGGUGGCGCUCAGGGCGCUGGCGCCAGAGGCAGCUGUGCAGGCGCUGCAGCAAGAUGGGGCCCUGCGGGCGCUGGACAACCUCUCUGCGCCUCACAACGUCUCCCACCACCUCCUUGCCGGCUCCCUGCCAUCCAGCAAGAAGUUCCUGGCCGUGGGGCUGGCGUCAGUGCGGCGGCCACGUGGCUACUACCUCCAGGCCACGCUGCAGUCUGUGUUCGAGCAGUCGACGGAGGAGGAGCUGCAGGAGAUGGUGGUGGUGGUGCACCUGGCCGACACGGACCCGGGCUGGAACGCGCGGGUGGCUGCUGACGUUGCCCGCAAGUUUGCUCAGCGCCUGCUCCAGGGCCAGCUCCUGCUUAUCCAUGCUCCCCCCGAGUUUUACCCGCCUCUGGAUGGCCUGAAGAGGAACUACAACGACCCGGAGGAGCGGGUGAGGUUCAGGUCCAAGCAGAACGUGGAUUAUGCCUUCCUCUUUGCCUUUGCUGCCAACCUCUCCACCUACUACCUGAUGAUCGAGGAUGACGUGAAGUGCUCCAAGUCCUUCCUCACAGCCAUCCGCAAGGCACUGACCUCCUGGGAAGGCUCCAACUGGGCCACCCUGGAAUUCUCCAAGCUGGGCUACAUUGGGAAGCUCUACCGCUCCAGCGAGCUUCCUCGCCUGGCUCGCUUCCUCCUCCUCUUCUACCAGGAGAUGCCGUGCGACUGGCUGCUGGGCUACUUUCGCCUCCUGCUCACGCAGAAGGACGUCAUCCGCUUCAAGCCCUCCCUUUUCCAGCACAUGGGCUUAUACUCCUCCUUCCAGGGCACCGUCAACCGGCUGGAGGACGAUGACUUUGAGGCCGAUGCCCUGGAGCUGCCGGACAACCCCCCGGCGGCUCUGUUCACCGACAUCACAGUCUUUGAGAACUACGCGCCCGCCAAGGCCUACGGCAGAGCAGAGGGCUAUUUCUGGGGGAAGGACCCUGCGGACGGCAAGGUUUUCUGCGUGGUCUUUCAGCAGCCGGCCCGCGUCACCCGCGUGCGCGUGCGCACGGGCUCCGGCGAGCGCGGGCAGGACUUCUUGCGCGCGGGGGUGCUGGAGCUGGGCUGGCAACGGCGGCCCCGGGGCCGGGACUGCUCCCGCUACACCCCCGUGGGCGUCUUCAACAAGGGGCUCUUUGAGCGGCGGGGGCUGGAGAAGGAGGUGCCGCAUCCCGUCGAGUGCGUGAGGAUACGGGUGACCCAGGGCCAGAGCGAGUGGCUCAUCAUCCAGAGCAUCGACAUCUGGACAGCAUCGAGCACCUGA